AUGUGACAAAGAUCUGAAAGGGAAAGUGCCUUAAACCAUCAUUUAUAUCUAAACAUCCUCCUCCACAAAAGCUGAGAACUGACUGACAUUGUGAUCUCUUUCCUGUGUCUUUGGUUUCAGGUCUGGGCACCAGUGAUGAGAACAAAUGGAGGGAGCUGCGACGGUUCACACUGUGCACCUUGCGAGAUUUUGGGAUGGGGAAGAAAAGGAUGUCCGAGAGGGUGCAGGAGGAAGCCCUUUGUCUAGCGGAGGAAGUGGCUACCACAAAAGGGCAAACUUUUGACCCAAGAAGAAGAUUUAGCAGUGCUGUUUCUAAUGUGAUCUGUGCAGUCGUCUUUGGCAAUCGAUUUGAUUAUGAAGAUCACACCUUCAUAGAGAACCAGCAGAUUGUGGAGUCUCAAAUAAGAUGGCUUCAAAGUUUCCUAGCACUGGUGUACAAUACUGUUCCAAAAAUUAUGGAUUACUUUCCUGGGCAACACAACAAGAUUUUCGCUGAUACUGAAAAAGUCUGUGAUUAUAUCCGUGAGAAGGUGGAGUUCCACAGGAAGACGUUGGAUCCUCAGAACCCCCGUGACUAUAUUGACUGCUUCCUUAUGAGAUUGGAGAAGAAGCAGAACUCGUAUGAGGUUAUCUACACUCCUGAAGAGCUUGUGACUGUUGUCUUUGGACUCUUUCUUGCUGGGACAACAAGCACAAGCCUGGCCUUGCUCUACAGCCUCCUAGUGAUGGCUAGAUUGCCACACAUUCAAGCUAAGGUGCAACAGGAGAUCGAUGAGGUGGUGGGUGCAAACCGCACUCCAAGCAUGGAAGACCGGUUGAAGAUGCCUUUCACAAAUGCAGUUGUCCAUGAGGUUCAACGGUAUCAGAAAGGGAGCCUUGAGAACUUUCCUCGGGCAACAACUUGUGACACAAAAUUCCAUGGUUACAACAUUCCCAAGUAUGUGGCUGUUGCGCCAGUCUUCUCCUCUGCACAUUUUGAUCCUCUCUAUUGGGAGACUCCAGAGAAGUUCAACCCAGAUCAUUUUUUGGAUCAAAAGGGUCAGUUCAGGAAAAGAGAGGCUUUCAUGCCAUUCUCAGCAGGGAAGCGGGCCUGUCCAGGGGAGGCCCUGGCUCGGAUGGAGCUCUUCCUGUUCUUCAGCACUCUGCUCCAGAAGUUCACCUUCCAUCUUGUUGGGGACACUAAAGACAUGGAUGUAAUGUCUUUGUACAUGGACUUCAGAAAUAAGAAUAACUACCCUCUUAUACGAGCUGUUAAACGUUCAUUGGACACUUGUGUUCAAUAAUUAAGAGAAGGAAAGAAGCAACAGUCCUGAUGGGUGACAGCUUUGCCUGCCUGUCUCCCUCCCUUCCUUCCUUCCUUCCUUCCUUCCUUCCUUCCUUCCUUCCUUCCUUCCUUCCUUCCU